AACCGGAGGGGCCUAUUGUGUUUUGGACUUUCUGUACGGGUAAAGACGUGACGAUGAUAUUGAUAUCUAAUAGAAGAAAAGAGUGCCGGUAGCUGUGAGGAGAUGAAAGGAAAACUGGAUAUUAAUUGGGCGUUGGGCAUUUGACAAAGCACAGAGAGUAUGAGCUCAAAGUGUCCUCCGUUUGACUUCUCUGGCAAGUACUACCAUGUCCAUGAGGGUUUAGGGUGUGUGAGGCAGAGCAGUUUCUUUAAGGGCAAAGCAGUUCUUAAUCAAGGCAUUGGCUAUUCCGUUAUUCUUGGCUUCGGCGCCUUCUUCGCUAUCUUUACUUCCUUCCUGGUGUGGUUAGAGAAGCGAUACGUUGGAUCACCCCACACAUCCGAAUGGUUCAACACAGCAGGCAGGAAUGUUAAAACAGGGCUUAUUGCCAGUGUGAUUGUAUCGCAGUGGACGUGGGCUGCUACCAUUUUGCAAAGUUCCAAUGUUGCUUGGCAGUAUGGAAUUAGCGGGCCUUUUUGGUAUGCUAGCGGUGCUACUAUCCAGGUACUGUUGUUUGGUGUCAUGGCUAUAGAGAUCAAACGAAAGGCUCCCCAUGCUCAUACUGUUUGCGAGAUUGUAAAGGCUCGCUGGGGAAAAGCGGCACAUAUUGUCUUCCUUGCUUUCUGCCUUCUGACAAAUAUCAUUGUCACGGCAAUGUUGCUCCUUGGUGGUUCUGCUGUGGUGAAUGCACUUACGGGGGUGAACAUAUAUGCUGCUAGCUUCUUGAUACCACUUGGGGUAAUUGUCUAUACAUUAGCAGGAGGACUAAAAGCAACCUUUUUGGCGAGCUAUAUACAUUCUGUCAUUGUGCAUGUGGCUUUAGUUAUCUUCGUAUACCUAGUUUAUACUGCUAGUAACAAGCUUGGUAGCCCCAGCGUCGUACACAACCGCCUGCAGGAAAUCGCCAGCAAGUUAAGAAUAUGUCACGAGCCGAUUUCCCACAAUGGACAAUCUUGUGGUCCCAUCGGUGGGAACUAUGAGGGCUCUUAUCUAACAAUGCUAAGUUCAGGCGGUCUGAUUUUUGGGAUUAUAAACAUUGUCGGUAAUUUUGGCACUGUUUUUGUUGACAAUGGAUAUUGGGUGAGUGCCAUUGCUGCUCGACCUUCAUCAACUCAUAAAGGCUAUUUGUUGGGAGGGCUUGUGUGGUUUGCGGUGCCAUUCUCUUUGGCAACAUCAUUGGGUCUUGGAGCCCUUGCACUUGAUCUACCAUUAACAGUGGAUGAGGCAAGCCAUGGAUUGGUUCCUCCUGCUACUGCUAUAGCUUUGAUGGGAAAAGGAGGAUCUAUACUUCUCCUUACGAUGCUAUUUAUGGCUGUGACAUCUGCUGGUUCCUCUGAGUUAAUUGCGGUUUCAUCAUUGUGCACAUAUGAUAUCUACCGUACUUACGUAAAUCCAAAUGCCAGCGGGAAAAAAAUCCUUAGCAUGUCCAGGGCCGUUGUCCUAGGAUUUGGAUGUUUCAUGGGAUUGUUUGCGGUAACAUUAAACAAGGCUGGAGUUUCUUUGGGUUGGAUGUAUCUUGCCAUGGGAGUGUUUAUUGGCUCAGCUGUUCUCCCAAUUGCUUUUAUGCUCCUUUGGAGAAAAGCUAACGCCAUUGGUGCAAUUCUAGGAACAAUUGUUGGUUGCAUUUUUGGCAUUGUCACUUGGUUGUCAGUCGCAAGCAUAGAAUAUGGCCAAGUAAAUCUUGACACAACUGGUCGAAAUGCACCAAUGCUUGCUGGAAACCUAGUCUCCAUACUUACAGGUGGAGCCAUUCAUGCUGUCUGCAGUCUUUUGUGGCCUCAAAACUAUAACUGGGACACCACUAGGCAGAUAACAAUUGUUGAAAAGGAAAAGAAUGAUUUGCCGGCAGAAGAGUUCAAAGAGGAAAAACUAAGAAAAGCCAAAUCAUGGAUAGUGAAAUGGGGUGUUGGUUUUACCAUCGUCAUCGUCAUAUUGUGGCCUCUACUUACGCUUCCGGCAGGGGAGUUCAGUGUCGGCUACUUCACCUUCUGGGCCGUUAUUGCUAUAUCAUGGGGCACCAUUGGAUCGGCAGCGAUUAUUGCUUUACCAUUAAUUGAAAGCUGGGAGACCAUAGAAAAUGUUUGUGUUGGCAUGUUUACAAAUGAUAGGCUCAUGAGAAAGGUUGAGGAGAUGAAUUUCAAGCUGAAUAGUAUUAUGCUGGCAAUACCUGAAGCAGAGAAAGCGUACUUGCUUGAGAAAGAGAAGACCAGGAAAAAGGAAGCUGAUAGGUUUGAGGUUAUAGAAGCAACAUUAGAGCAAUAAGCCCAAGGUGUCUUCAACC